AUGUCUGAAGAAGAGAUUUCUAACGACACUGAAGUUCUCGAUGACGAACCUCGAAGUAUCCUCCUUGGUCUCAUCUCUCAACUUCGCAAAGGCAUGGAUUUACACCGGGUUACCUUACCAACCUUUGUUCUUGAACCGAGGAGCAUGUUGGAAAGAAUUACUGAUUUCAUGAGUCACCCGGAGCUGAUUUUGAGACAAGAAGAUCCCGUUAUAAGAUUUGUCAGUGUAGUGCGGUAUUACUUAUCUGGGUGGCAUAUCAAGCCAAAGGGCGUUAAAAAACCAUAUAAUCCUGUGUUAGGUGAACAUUUUCGUGCUCGAUGGCAAUUUCGGGACAAGACCGAAGCUUAUUUUGUCUCAGAACAAGUUUCGCAUCAUCCACCAAUUUCCGCUUAUUAUUACGCAAGUCCUGAAAAUAAUCUGAUAAUAUCUGGUGACAUACGACCUAAAUCAAAAUUUUUGGGAAAUAGCGCCGCAACUCUGAUGCAAGGCGAAUCUAAAAUCUAUUUCACCAAUCGUCCAGGAGAAGUCUAUCGCAUUGCAAUGCCGAAUGUUUAUGCACGUGGAAUUUUGUUUGGGAGAAUGGUCAUGGAAUUGGGUGAUAACUCGACAGUUCGGUGUGAGAAAAAUGAUCUAAUUUGUGAAUUAGAGUUUCGAACAAAGGGAUUUUUCACUGGCUCUUAUAAUUCGAUUUAUGGAAAGAUAAAGAGGGAAUCUACCGGUGAAAUUCUCUAUGAAAUAACUGGAAAAUGGAUAGAUAUUAUGUACAUUAAAGAUGUUAAG